AUGCUCAACGAAUUGAACGAAGCAGGGAAGAGAAUAGGACUGCGAAUAAACAGAAAGAAGACACAGUUCAUGAAGAACGCCUACUGCGAGGACGGAGGGGUACAAUUUGAAGGCUCCCAAAUCGUGGAAACUUCGUCAUACGUAUACCUCGGGCGUUCUAUGAACAUGGAAAACGACUUGAAAGAAGAACUGAAUAGAAGAAUGAGAGCAGCAUGGGCAGCAUUCGCAGCCGUCAGGGAAGCUACGGACCAACUGACGGACCAAGAUCUUCGUGCCCAUCUGUUCGACUCGACAGCUCCUCCAGGGCUCUGUUACGCAGCGGAGAUGUGGGCAAACACCGCUGCCACGUCUAGGAAGCUACUUACUACCCACAAAGCCCUUGAGAGAUGUCUUCUGAAGUUUAACCGGCGCAUACAAUACCUAGCCGGUCUUCGCAGCUCCGACUUAAGAGGAACCCGUCUUCGCGACCCAGCGGAAUAUGUAUCGAAAGCAAAACAUAGAUAUAUUGACGACUGUUGCAUUGUAACAUCAACACAGUCCGAAAUGGAAGAGUGUUUCCGAAUACUCAACCAGCAAUCGCAAUAUAUAAGACUCACACGAGAAACCCCAAAAGAAGGAUGGCUUCCUUACCUCAACAUACAAAUAAGCACUUCAAACGGCAUUAUUAGAGUAAAGUGGUAUCGCAAAGAAAGUUGCAAGAACAUCAUAUUGCACGCCAAAUCUGCACAUCCGACUGCAGUAAAACGCGCAGUGAUUCGUGAUAUGUUCAAAACCGCUAGUGAAAUCAAAUUAUCUAUAUCGUCACCGGUGAUCUACACGCAGCAAUACUCAUUCGCUGGUACACUGAGUGACAAGUGCGUGCUGCCAGCCGCGCCACGUCCGGCGGAACAACACUUUCUGCUUCAUCCGGGAGUUUCGGAUUUGACUGGUUCCUUUCGACUAUAUCGUAAGGCUGUGCUUGCAAAACUGAUACACGAAAGUGUCAGCAAAGGAUAUGUUUUCCAGAUGGAAAUGAUGUUUCGAGCGAGCAAAGGUGGAUACAAAAUUGGGGAAGUCCCUAUAACGUUCGUAGACCGCUUUUUCGGCGAGUCGAAAUUGGGGAGCCAAGAGAUCAUCGGCUAUGUAAAAGGGUUGCUCUAUCUGUUUUUCUGUGUCAACUAA